AUGAGAGACGGAGUGCGAAGAAGCAUUCCAGCAUUUCAAGAAAGUCCUAGCGGAACCACCAAUCCUUGCCAAACCCCAAACAGGGAAACACUCUACCUGUACCUCUCCAUUACGGAAGAGGCACUCGCAGCAGCACUCAUCCGUGAAAACAUGAAAAAGGAACAAGAACCUAUCUACUUCAUAAGCAAAGUCUUGCAAGAAGCGGAAACUCGCUACUCACGACUAGAAAAAUUAGCUUUUACACUCCUCACGGCCUCCCGACGCCUGCGACAAUACUUCCAGGCCCACCCCUUGACGGUCCAAACCGACCAGGCGGUCAAACAAGUACUACAAAAACCCGACCUUGCGGGAAGAAUGUUAGCAUGGUCCAUCGAACUAUCUCAAUUCGAAAUCAAGUUCGAACCCCGGUACGCGAUCAAAGCACAGGCCAUGGCCGACUUUAUCGCCGAGAUGACCCCAGGAAACUCCACCCCCGAAUCGUGGAAACUACAUGUUGACGGCUCGUCAAACGUCACCUUUGGAGGUGCCGGAGUCAUUCUCGAAAGUCAGAACGGAGUCGUAAUCGAACAAUCAGUACGAUAUAAAUUCCCAGUCUCAAACAACCAGGCAGAAUACGAGGCCCUCCUGGCAGGCCUAGCCCUAGCUCGGGAAGUCGGAGCAAAGGUCCUAGAGGUAAAUACCGACUCACAGGUAGUCAGCUCCCAAAUCAACGGAGACUACCAGACACGAGAUCCCCUACUCCAACAGUACCUCGCUAAGGUAAACAAACUAAAAGAAGGAUUCGAGCGAGUUACCAUACAGCAUGUCCCUAGGGAACGAAACGCCAGGGCAGACCUACUUUCCAAACUAGCCAGUACCAAACCAGGACACGGUAAUAAAUCGCUUAUCCAGGAAGUCGUCAAGUCACCCUCUGUGUCAACGACAACCAACGCUCAUCUAACACUCUCGAACCAAGGAUCUUGGACCUACCCUAUCCUACAGUACCUCCUUGACGGAACACUGUUGUCGGAUCCCAAAGAGGGUAAACGAAUAAAAUGGGAAGCCGCCAACUAUACCGUUGUCACAGGACAGCUAUACAAACGUGGAUUCUCGCAACCCCUACUCAAAUGCGUCGAACCCGAGAACACGGAGCACGCCAAUAUCCACCAAGCCGCACCACACCAGCUCAGCAUCAUAUCGGCAGAACAGCCAUUUGGCACCUGGGGGAUCGACCUCGUCGAACCCUUCCCUACGGCACCCGGUCAACUCUGGUACCUCAUCGUCGCCAUAGACUACUACACCAAGUGGAUCGAAGCCGAACCCCUAGCCUCCAUAACGGCAGCCCAAUGCCGUAAAUUCCUCUGGCGACAGAUCAUCACCCGAUUCGGGAUCCCCGAGAUCGUUAUCUCGGACAAUGGAACCCAAUUUGCCGACAAAAAGUUCAGAGAAUUCUUAGAAGGACUACGCGUAUCUCACCGUUUCAGCUCGGUAGAACACCCCCAAACAAACGGACAGGUGGAAUCCGCAAAUAAAAUAAUCAUCAAAGGACUCAAGAAACGGCUCGACGAAGCCAAAGGACUAUGGGCCGACGAGCUCGGAUCGGUCCUAUGGUCAUACCGAACCACACCGCAAACGACCACGAGAGAAACUCCCUUCCGACUAACAUACGGCGUGGAGGCGGUCAUCCCGGUAGAAAUCAGAGACCCAAGCCCCAGAAAAACGGUCGGCGGUAACGACGAGGAAGCAGAACGAGACCUCAUUGACGAGGAAAGAAGCAUAGCUCACAUCAAAGAGAUAGCCCUAAAACAGAGAAUCAGCUUAAGAUUCAACCAUGGCGUCGUCCGACGGGAAUUUGCGGCCGACGACCUCGUCCUACAACGAAACGACAUCGGUCCCCCGCCCCAGGAGAAGGGAAACUCACCCCCAACUGGGAAGGACCAUACAGAAUCAAGGCGGUAA